AUGUCUGCAUUCCGACGGCUGUUGCUUCCUCUUUCCAGAGUUGUGGAGCCUGCUACUUAUCGACUUGGCUGCAAUAGAAGAGGACAGAGGCACUGCAUAAAAUCGUCCGUUGCAGCCCGCGUACUCAGCACUGAUGGCGGAAACGACAAUCGCAACAAUAGUGAUGAUUUUCAUGAUGACCCAUUUGGAGUUGAUUUUGAUGAUGGCACAGAUCACGGAAAGCUGGGACCAUCCAUGCCUCCCAAAUAUAAGCGUGAUUCCAUGACAGGAAAAUUUACUGGGGAGAAAGAGACCGAAUUAGGUGAAAGAGAACGAAAGCUUCUGAAGAUGGAUACAGUGCAAGAGCAAGAGUAUCUUCUGGAAAACCUGUUAAGAGACUGGGAUGUCGACUCUGAAGAAGAGGAGGGGACUGGUAAUACAAAACUGUCGCAGCUAGCCAGUCGGAUCCGCGAAGACAACGCAGGACUCAAUGUCCUUGGAAGAAGUGUUGAGGCACAAUCUGUUGUUGGCAGACUCGAAGAUGGUGAAACGGCAUAUGCCGAUCCAAGUGGUUUCUCGAAGCCGUUAAGUCCUGCAGAGUUCAAGGUCUUCCAAAAAUAUAUGAAUGAUGAGCACAAUGUAGAAAUAGACGAGGACGACAUUCCUGUCGAAUCGGUAUCGAAGGAUGAUGCUGAGCUUCUAGGAUACGCCGAUGAUGAAUACUUGAACACUAAAUGGAUGUCUUCUAGUGCAAUCCGCUUCAUGGACGAUUCAAAGGAUGAUGACCCAUUUUCUGACCUUUUGCCAAGUGAUUUAACGCCGACUCGGUUGGUGAAUCGUCGAAACGCCAAGAAGAUCCCGAGACAGCUUCUGCACCAUAACAACUUGCCACUUCUGAGGAGAUACAUCACUCCGACGGGUCAAAUUAUGAAUCGUGUGCAAUCUCGCCUUGGAGCAAAGGAUCAGCGAAAAAUUGCGAAACUCAUCAAGCGUGCUAGAGCAAUGGGUCUUCUGCCGACGGCUGGUCAGUUCGCUGUUGAGAGUCAUGGAAACAUUCACGAAAGUGACAUACAUGAGGAAAACGAGUGGGAAAAAGAACUUACGGCUCGAGGUUUGGUAGUGAAGCCGAAUGUCACAGCUAACAAGGAUGACUAG